AUGGGCUCUAAGUUGUCCAAUCAGCCACUUCCACAAUAUGACUGUUCCCAAUGCAACAUUCGGGUCGAGCCGAGCUCCAAGAAUCCAAUGAAAUGUGGACUCAAAAACAAGGAUUCGAGCGAAAAUGGAAGUGAGCGAAGGUUGUGCUGCCUGUGUACUAAUGCGGAUCUGGGCACGAAGACAUCAGUGGUAGAGUGUCUACAGUGCAAAAACAAGUACAACAUGCCAUUGCGAGCUCUGGGGAAGAAGGCAAAUGAAUUGCUUCGGAGCAUUCACGACAAGCUCUUUGAGGAGAGUGGUGACCGGGAAGGAAAAGAGGUUCUUAUGGCGGUGAUGAGGAACGCUCUUGAAGCCCGUGCCCGUGAGAUGACUCCGGAGAAAUCCAGGAAGACCGUCAAAGAAAAGUUUAUUGAGAACGUGAAGAACACAACUGCGGUUUCUCCGAGCUUGCUUGCCCUUGGGAGCCCUGGAGAUUCCGUGAAGGAUGGUAGCCCCGGACUUUCUACGGGAAAGGUAAGAGAGAGGGUCGGAGGAAGGAAGUACUCCAACUCCAAGAGUCCCGGCAAGAGUUUCAGCGGGCUGCUGAAAAGGCAAUCGUCGGAAUCGAGCAAAGACAAGCAGAAGCAGUCACCUUCUAGCAUCAACAAGAGGAACGAAUUCGCCAUUGAUGACGUGGACGACUCCGAUCGUGAGGCUGAGAUCAAGAACCCAGCUGUCGAGGAGCUGGAGAUCGCCAGCACGUUGAGAGGAAAGCGCUUGUCGAUGAAGAUGGAGAACUCUGAGAAGCCUGAGACUUCGAGGAGAGGCAAAAGGCCUAAGGUCAGCAAGACCCCCGAGAAGAUCAUCUCUAUGAUAGGCACCAAGGUCCGCAAAGGCUUCCUUGUGAAGAACAGAAUGCAAGAAUUCACUGGGAAGGUCGUGUCUUACGAUGCAGCAGCGAAGCUGUACAUGAUACAGUACGAGGAUGGAGACAGCGAGGAAUUCACGUCCAAAGAACUUCAACGAUAUAGAAUCUAA